AUGACGGAGACCACCAAGACUCACGUUAUCCUGCUGGCCUGCGGCAGCUUCAACCCCAUCACCAAGGGCCACAUCCAGAUGUUCGAGCGAGCCCGGGAUUACCUGCACAAGACCGGACGCUUCAUUGUCAUUGGUGGCAUUGUCUCGCCUGUGCACGACUCCUAUGGGAAGACGGGUCUGGUCUCCAGCCGGCACCGCCUGACCAUGUGCCAACUGGCUGUCCAGUCCUCUGACUGGAUCAGGGUAGAUCCCUGGGAGUGCUACCAGGACACCUGGCAGACCACCUGCAGCGUGCUGGAGCACCACCGUGACCUGAUGAAGAGGGUAACUGGCUGCAUCCUCUCCAACGUCAACACACCCUCCAUCACCCCUGUGAUCGGUCAGCCCCAGAAUGAGUCCUCGCAGACCAUCUACCAGAACAACAACGUCUCCAACAAGCCCACUGCAGCAAAGAUCCUGGGGAAGGUGGGAGAAAGCCUGAGCCGGAUCUGCUGCGUUCGCCCACCCAUGGAGCGCUUCACCUUUGUGGAUGAAAACGCCAACCUGGGGACAGUGAUGAGAUACGAGGAGAUCGAGCUUCGCAUCUUACUGCUCUGUGGCAGUGACCUGCUGGAGUCUUUCUGCAUCCCGGGUCUCUGGAACGAGGCAGAUAUGGAAGUGAUUGUUGGGGAGUUUGGGAUCGUGGUGGUGCCCCGGGAUGGAGCAGACCCUGACCGGAUCAUGAACCACUCCUCCAUACUGCGCAAGUACAAAAACAAUAUCCUGGUGGUGAAGGAUGACUCAAACCACCCCAUGUCUGUCAUCAGCUCCACCAAAAGCAGACUGGCCCUGCAGCACGGGGAUGGACACGUUGUGGAUUAUCUCUGCCAGCCCGUCAUCGACUACAUCCUCAAGAGCCAGCUCUACAUCAACGCCUCUGGCUAACUGCCAGAGGCCAUGCAGCGAGACAGCCCUCGUGUCCCGCCUGCCUGCAGCUCUCCAUCACUCUUUUCUCUCUCUCUCUCAGUCUGUGUCUCCAUCUCUCUGCCCCUUCCACAGCCUCCUGCCCCUGUCUGCCCCUCACCCCCAGCGCCAACGCUCUGUCAUGUAGCAGUGUCCAGGGAACCACAGCACGGUCCUGAGGGGAACCAUUUGACCUCCCUUUUCAGGGAACCGCUCUCCCCCUCCUAGGGAGGGAGGGAGAGGGGACCUGUAAGAGAGCAAUGUGCAUGGUGUGCCUGAGGGGAGGCAGCUCUGCCCGCCCCUUCCAGCGUGUCACUGGGAAAUGGUCACCCCGGCCCAUCCUCUCGGCCUGCUCAGAGCAGGGGCUUCCUCUUCUGCAGCAUUUUAUGGCACUUAAGCUCCCUAAGUCUAGGUGGACUUUCUUUUUCUUAAGUAGUUUUAGUGUGAGCCUUUUGGGCCUCUUGCCACCAUGACCAAAAUGAAUCCUGGCUGUAAUCCAACUGUCUCGGUGCCCCACCUUGGUGAACCUCCUCAGGCCAGCAGUAGGACAACUCAGCUAACAAAACUCUCCUCCUGGCCCUAAAAAAACAUCAUGGAAAGGACAUCCCUGAAGGGGAGCAGAGGCCCUGGCAAGUAUUGCUGCCAAAGCAUUACAAGGUGCCAUGUCAUGGGCUCAUCUUUCCUUGGCUGCAAGUGAACCCAAGCCACCUUCCUAGGCAAGCAGGGCUGGGAUGAUGCUCUAAUCUGAGCCAUUGUCGGGGUGGGGAGCUCACAGCACCCAGGGAGGGACUGGCCCUUGAAGCAGCCAAGAAACAAAGGAGGAAGAAACAGGUGAUAUCCCAAAGCCACUGGUGGGAACCUGCCCUAAACCUAAUUGAGCUAGGUCUAUCCCCAUCCUCUAGCCUCUAGCUCUCCAUUCUGUCUGUAAACCCCCCUCCCUUCUCCCUCCUCUCCUUCACAUUUCUUCUCCUUUUAUUAAAUGCAUGAUACUU